AUGGCUUCCGACACGCUCAUACCGGACACGCGCGUGCUUGCGAUCGCCAGCCAUGUAGUCCAUGGCUACGUCGGCAAUAAAAUGGCAACGUUUGUGAUGCAGUCUUUGGGAUGCGACGUGUCGGCGAUCAACACGGUGCACUACAGCAAUCACACUGCCUACAAACAAGUGAAAGGCACGAAGACAUCAGCCCCGCAAAUACUGGACCUCUACGAAGGCCUCCGCCAAUCGAAUCUGACCAACUUCGACGUACUAUUGACGGGAUAUGUCCCCAGCGCCGAGGCAGUCCAGGCGAUAGGGAAGAUUGGUAGAGAUAUCAAGUUCAAUGCCGGGACGAAACCGGGGAGCUUCUUCUGGGUGCUCGAUCCAGUCAUGGGAGACAACGGGAAGCUAUACAUACCGGAGGAUGAGGUACCUGAAUAUAAGGCGCUGCUACGCGAGGCAGACCUUAUACUACCCAACCAAUUCGAGGCAGAGCUGCUUUCCGAUACCCCGAUUAGUGAUCUCAAGUCACUUGCUGCCGCGAUUCAAGUCCUCCACAAGAAGUACCAAGUACCCCAUGUCAUCAUCACGUCUCUGCGCUUGACUCGCGACAACCAGACGAUACCCUCGCGUGCCCCAUCGAGACCAGCAUCGAAACCCGCAUCGGGGACGCAUACCCCGUCCGAAUCGCCAAAUCUCGAUGCCGCGACCUCGCACCCUUCCACAUGGCCCACAUCACAAUCAUCGGAGCAAUCGCAGGCUCAACAACCAGAGGCAUCCUCCCCGACCAGCAUGGAUGACAUUGAAAACCUCACCAUUAUCGGCUCAACUGCGACUUCAGAUUACACGCCGCGCCUCUUCCGCAUAGAUACGCCUGCUCUCCCCCUCUUCUUCUCAGGAACAGGCGACAUGUUCGCUGCGCUGACCAUUCCGCGCCUGAUCGAAGCAGUGCACGCUGCGUCCUCGCCCGACCUCGAUCUGCAUUCUACACCCAGCUGGCGGAGCCCGGACGACGUGCCCGCCGAGGAACUGCCUCUAGCGAAAGCGUGUCAGAAGGUGCUUGCGAGUAUGCAGGCUAUACUAGCGAAGACGGCAGCGUCAUGCCACGAGAAGAUGGACGUAUACGAUAAGAGGGUGGAGAAGGAGGGCUGUGGGCAAGGCGACGAGGCGGUUGAGCAGGCAGAGAAGAGGAGGCAUUUAGCGUUGAUGAAUGCUAGUGAGGUGACGAUUGUGCGUCAUGUCAAGGAGUUGCUUGAUCCGCCUGAUUUGGAGAGGUUCAAGCCUCGGCGUGUGAAGGGGGGGAGUAGCGAAGAAAGGUGA